AUGGAGACCGGCGAGACCGGCCCACCCCCACCAUCGGCGUCCGCGGCGACGAGCGUCCCGAUUGGGACAAAGGAGACGCAAGUCCCUAUCGCCGCCGCGACCUACGCCACCGCCGCGAUUCAAAAGACCAAGCAGACUCCCGAGCAGCAGACCCAACAACAACACCGUGCCAAGGCUUUGACCCAAAUGUUCGAAGUCAUGGGUGCUGUACCGGGCAAUCGCACCGACCGGUGGUUGCAAGCCACCUUCGCCACCGACGAGUACCCUGUCGCUACCGCUACAUCGCUCAAGUAUUCGGCUCUCAACGCCAAUCGAUCCAUUCGAAACAUCUUCGACUUUGCUCUCGACGUCACUUUGACCGUCCAAGGCGCCUCGAAGGCCUCUCCCGCGGACAAGGCCGAUCUGCUCGGUUGCGUCACGAGACUGCUCUCCCCGCAAUCGCCCCUGUGCUUCGACGCCGAGGUCACCCUUCCCGAGCACCUUGCGGCGUUUGCGCCCCAGAUUAGGGGUAUCCAACACUCGUCUUUCGUCAGGGCCGGUGUGGUCAACCACCGUAUCUCCGUGGGAUUCGUUUCGGCGAAGGCACGUGACUCGGCGCUUACGGCCCCACUGGCGCUUACUUGGCACUCUGCAAAGGCUCACUUCGCAAAGGCCCACCACUUCUACCACAACAUGGUCGAGCUGCGUAUCAACGUCGGUGUCGCAGCGGUCCCAUCCAGGGAUGCCAUUGUUGACUCUUUUAAAUCAAUUGUCACCAAAAUCACAGCCAAGGGACACCGUUGCGAGCUGGUACAAGUCUUGCGCGUGAUCCACGUCGAUAACGACUCGGCCUAUGCGCACUUGGCCGGCGAGUUUUCGGCCUUUAUCCGCUUCGACGACGACGCCCUUUUCAAAGCCCCUAACAACACGCUGAAGGAGCUCCUACCGUCGAAGGUCUCUCUAGCCACUAGAGGCAACAUGCAUACGGCGGUUCGUCACGACUACGAACGAGAAGCGGCCUGUGCUCGGUGCCACUUUGUGGGGCAUGUGGAGACCUGCGCGCUGGAACAGGAGAGGAGGCAGAAGGAAGCGAACAACAACACCGGAAGGCACAACAAGUACCACAACAACCCAACCAACACCAACAACAACAACAACGACACCACCAACACCAACAACACCGACAACGACGCUUCCGAGGUUGUGGCCCCUAGCCGCGCCCUCGGAACCGACCAACUCGAAUCGCGGAACCGAUUUGCGGGGCUCGAGGUCGAAGGAGGACAGGAGGAUGACGUCGAGGAGGAGGAUGCAGGAAAGGAGGGCGAGGAAAAGGAGCAGGUCGAAGAAGGAGACGAGGAUACGGGCGCCAAGGCGGACGACGAGGAUUCGGACUCGGAUGGGAACGCCGGAGCGGGCAUCGACAAGGCGGGAGGCGACGACAACGACAAGGACGACGACAGGACGAACAGGACGACAGCUCGGAGGGAAGCGAACAAAGGGAGGACGAAGGAAACGAUGGGGAUGACGUGA